AUGCCCUCAGCAAACAAGGGGAAAGGGAAAGGCCGCGAUGUGCGUCCACCCCGAAGCCGCAAUACGACCCCCAGCUCUGGCCCCACUGCCCCGGUCUCCAGCUACCUUGAGAACGAUGUAUCGAAGCUGCUCAUUCCCCCGACUGUACACUAUUCGGAGAUCCUAGAUCGGAUGGGGGGUGUGGGCCCGAUACCCGAUUCCAAGUCUCUUGAGUCCCUAAUGGAGCACUUGAAGACCCUCAGUCAACUCGCGGAAGCCCGUGGUGAUGCCUGCAACGCCGGGAUCAGAGAGUUAUCGCAGAAGCGCAAGGAGAUGAUGGAUGAUGUCGAAUCGUUCGAUGGCGAUCGCUCAAAUAUGAAGCGUGAAGCCGAUGAAGAGGAAGAAGACUCGAAGGCUUUCAAAGGAGGAAAAUUGAAGAAAAGAAAGGAGCGCGGGUGUAGUUCAAAGGAACAUCGCCCGCUUGCUCAUGGUGCUCACGAGCUUUCUCGGCAGGAUGGAGUGGAAACCAAGGUAGAAGGUGUCUCAUCACCAGCUUCAAAGAAGUCGAAGAAUGUUUCCGAGGACUCGCCGCUCUCUCCCCCAUCUCAGACGUCCCCUCGACUGACUGCUACCGCGCCUGAUGGCCCUCAAACGGCGGACUCGCCCAUGUCGAACGAUAGCUCUGAUUCGCACCAGCCAGAACCCGCACCAGCGGUGCCCCAGAUCCAAGUAUUCGGUUCCAAUCCUCUGAAAUUCGAUGAUCCAACGAUCUAUGACAUCCGUGAGGUGACACCUGAUAUGACUGAUGAAGAAAAGAAGGCCAUAUACUGCGUCAACCGCUUCCCUCCCAGUGACCUCAGCCAUAUGAUGGCGGGUGUUCCGCCCGACCGGGAUUUUAGCAAUGCUAAACCUACCAACCAGGUCAGCGCUAACACUUUUCUCGCCUAUAUUGAACCCUACGUCCGUCCGUUGACGGAGGAGGAUAUUGCUUUUUUGAAAGAAAAGGGCGACCGUGCUUCGCCUUUCGUUAUGCCCAGACGUGGGAAGAAGCACUACGCUGAGACCUGGGCUGAAGAAGACGGAAUGAUGGGCUUUGAUCAAUCCAACGGCGAUCGGGAACGUCUCCCUUUGAAUCAGGGCCGUGGGAAUAUCGACCAGGUGACAGAUGAAACUGUGGAGACCGAUAAAGUGUCUGUUGGACCUCUGGUUAGCCGACUUUACUCGUUACUACGCUACGAGCAUCGUUCCCUUCCAGAUGAGGGUUCAUGCACCGGCGGGCAGGUGAACGGCGAAUUAUCCACAACAAACGGGCCCUUUGGCGGCGACUCCAUGGACUUGGAUCAUCCCGUGGGGGAGUCAGAAAGCAAACCCCAGCCUUCCGCGACGUCGUUUCCGGAUGCAUCGCCAAACGGAUUCAAAGUGCCGGCUGCCAAGCUGGACCAUGCGCAAUUGGAUGAACGCCUUAAAGCUGAGCUUCGUCAUGUGGGGUUCCUCGGUGCCGACGACAAUCCAGAUUACGAUGCCCACUAUGAUGAUGAUAUCGCACAGCGCUUGCGUCUCCUGCAGAGUGAACUGAAGAAACAGAUGAUCAUCAACAGUGCCCGCAAAACGCGCCUUCUCGAUAUCGCCCGCGAACGCAUGGCAUACCAAGAGUACAUGACCAUUCACGACGACCUCGACUCGCAGGUGCAGCAGGCCUACCUGAAACGCACCCGAACACUAGGCAAGAGCAAAAAGGGAUCCCAGGCCAAACACCGACCCGGUGGAGCCGGCGGUGGCAGCCAUGUGGUCAGCGCCGCCGGUGUCGGCCGUCCUGCUAUCGGUGACGUUGCCCGAACACUUAUGGACCGUCGCAAGCGUUGGCAUGAUUGCAUCGGCCCUGUAUUCAAGGACUGCAAGACCACUGUUCCCUCCAGUAUCGAAACAAUCUUUGAUGCCUCGGUGAUGGCGGAGUACGAAAAGGCUGAACUUGAGGGCUGGGAUGAGGAGCAGGAAUGA